CAACACUGAAGAACAGUAGCCUGUUGAGUGUAGACCAGACAGUGUCCUCCUGUCCUCUCUGACAAAUGGACUCCUCAACUUUCCUAUACGAUGUCCAUCCUUGUGUGGUGGAAAGCUUCUGUAAAAUCAUGGACAGUGGCGACGACAGGUUCGGCUGGCGCGGACUCGCUGUGCGAGUUGUCCCCAGCCUGUUAGACUUGCGCAUGCUGGAGCGCGUGGAGGCAGCAGGUCGGAGUCCCACCAGGGAGCUGCUGUGGUCCUGGGCUCAGGAGAACUCAAGAGUGCAGGACCUACAGAGGGUGCUGCAGGACAUGGGCCACCUCAGGGCCCUGCAGCUCUUCCAGGGCCAAACUUCAGAGCCGGUUCCUUGCAGCAGUCAACAUGCAGAGUCCAAACGACUGACGUCAGCAGCUGAGGAGAAGGAAUCCCUCCAAAAAGAGGAGAGUUCGACAACCCCAGCUUCAUACCCCAUGAUCACCUCUGGAGAAAACCAACCACUUCUAAUCACUUUUCAAGACAUCAUAGAGGGAACCAGAGAUUUCCAUCAUGAAAUGAGGAUCUCAGAGGGCCACUUCUCUGAUGUCUACAAAGCAAAGAUGGGAAAUAAAAUGUUUGCGGUGAAGCUUUUUAAACAGGUAAAUACGGCAUCAUGGAAGGAGUUGUGGGAUAUCUUCAGAAAAAAUAUGGAAAUUCAUCAUUUGUACCAACAUCCAAACAUCUUAAACUUGUUGUGCUGUUUUUCUGAUGAGGACCGCUACUGCCUGGUCUACCCUUACCUGCCCAAGGGGUCGCUCUUCCACAGACUACACAAUCAGAUUGGAGAGCCCCCUCUGUCCUGGCAGGAGCGUCUCACCAUCAUAAAGGGAACUGCAAAGGCCCUGCAUCACCUCCAUACAGCCCAGCCCUGCCCUGUCAUCUGUGGCAACAUCUCCAGUUCUAACAUCCUCUUGGACGACGCCCUGCAGCCCCAGCUGUCUAACUUUGGACUGGCUCGUCUCUGUCCUCAUUCAGCCAAUCAGCAGUGUACUAUCACUCUGGAUACGAGGUUCCACAGCAACCUGGGAUACCUCCCUGAGGAGUACAUCAGAGACGGCAAGCUGUCCUUCAGCCUGGACAUGUACAGCUUCGGAAUGGUUAUAAUGGAAACAAUAACAGGACGGAAGGUGAAAGAGGACGGACCCAAACAAACACCACUGAGAGAUCUGCUUGUCACUGAGGUGGAAAACAGCGGUGGCGUGGACUCUUGUUUGCGGUUUUUGGAUGAGGCAGCCGGUCGGUGGCCGACCGCCUUGGCCCUCGGCCUCCUACGUCUGGCCCUGGAAUGCACUGCUAGCCGCCACCGCAGCAGACCGAAAAUUGAGAAUGUACUUCUGGAGUUGAGCAAACUGCUUCCACCACCUAGCUGCCCCCCCGCCGACCAGCCCCGCAGCCUGGAUGCUGGAAACCCUGUUCAGCUGAGCCCCCCACCCUCCAUACCUGUAGAGCACGACGAGCAGCACAGCCCACCUGGUUCUCCAACACGGGCGGAGCCCUGUGAAUACAGCCAGUCUGAGGUGACCUAUCUGAGCGAGACGGGGGGCUCAGCAGACCUGUACAGCAGCUGGCCCGUACAGUGCAGCUGUCCUGCUGAGACAGGGGGUGUGGCCUGUGAGGACUGCAGAGCCAACGGCUUCACGCUCAACGCAGACAGUCCUCAGAACGACUCAAUCGUGGUGGAAAACCCAGCCAAGGAAAGACUGAGGAACAAACUGACUCUUUAUAACGGAGGGCUGAUACACUCAGAGGAACUGUUCUCUGAGACAGGACAGCAGUAGAGCUGACUUCCUGUUGCGGUCCUGAGAGCAGCUCAUGUUAUGUGCUGUCAUGUGUGUUCUUGGGGGGGAAAUUCAGAGCUUAAGUGUCAACAUGCAGCAAGCAUCAACAUCGCAACAGUUGGCAGUAAAGUGGGCUGAAAUGGAAAAACAAAUUUUCAUGCAGCCACAGAGCAGAACUUAGUAAGAGUAACAGAAAACUUCAAAGGUAAACCACAAAAAUCCCUCAGCCACAAACACAAACAAAGCGAGUGAGAACAUUUGCAUGCAACUCGUUAAAAAAAUGUAAAGAUUAUUUUUUUCUACUGAACUCUCCUUUUAGCUCCUCACA